CGUCUGACCUUGUCCAUGUCAGGUGAGACUGAGUCAAAGCUCUACCUGUACAGGGGCGUGUCCGAAGCAGACGAGCCAGAAUCCCUGUGUGGCUCCAAGUCUCACCUGCACCAUAUGGGCGGGGCCUCGGAGGGCAGCGACAGCAGUCAUGACCCACCCCCUUCUCCGAGACCCCAAACCCAGAUGCAUGAAGAUCUGGAGAUGGGCGGAAACGCCUCCAGUGGAAGCGGCACAGAGUCUCACAGCAACGAAUCGCACAGUAAUGAAUCUCACGGAAACGAGUCUGUGGGCAGUUGCAGCGGAAACGGAAAGGAUUCUGCCGUCAUGGCAUCUUCAGGGAGUAACAAGAGCUCAAACUCUCAAAGCCUGUCCCCUCCCAGCAGUAACGAUGCUUUCAGCCUGAUCAGUUCAGAGCAAGACAACCCGUCCACCAUCGGCUGCAGUAGUGAACAGUCUGCAAAGGAAAAGACCCAGAAAGAGCUUUUCAACAUGCUGAAGGAGCUGAAAUAUCACCUUCCACCCGACAAACGCAACAAGGGCCGGGCAAGCACGCUUCACGCUCUCAGAUACGCCUUACGCUGUGUCAAACAGGUCAAAGGUCAGGAAUGCUGA